AUGGCACAGUCCGGGCUUUCCCGCCGUCGAGUUGGUACAUCGACACCUACGCCAAACGAUGGUGAUACAUUUACACCGUCAGCACCCUCACCCGUGGGAAAUUCGAACGGCCGGACCUAUGGGGGAGGAACAGCACUCGAGGGCGGUGGCAAGAUCGCGUACGACCCGCGCGACCUGGAGACUGAGGGCGAAGGGAAGAGCAUGCCUCGGCUAACGAUCCUUGAAGAGGUACUGCUACUCGGCAUCAAAGACAAGCAGGGGUAUCUAUCGUUCUGGAAUGAUAAUAUCUCGUAUGCAUUGCGUGGAUGCAUUCUCAUGGAGUUGGCCUUACGUCGGCGCAUCGGCAUGGUCAAAGAUUCGGCGCGUCGGCGGUAUCCUUUGCCUGACCGUCUCAUCGAGGUCAUUGACGAGCGCCAAACGGGAGAGACCAUUCUCGACGAGGCGCUGAAAAUGAUUAAAGCGAGCGAGAAGAUGGGUGUCGGGACGUGGAUUGAUCUUAUGAGCGGCGAAACGUGGAACGUUAUGAAAAUCGGAUACCAGCUUAAACAGGUGCGCGAACGAUUGGCCAAAGGGCUAGUAGACAAGGGCGUCCUCCGUACCGAAAAGACCAAUUUUUUGUUGUUUGACAUGGCUACACAUCCUGUCGCCGACGCUCGGACUAAAGAUGAAGUCAUGAAUCGGGUCGUCAAUUUGCUCACCACGCGCACUACUACCGUACCAGACUCGGCUUUGGGCAAGGAGGGAACUCAAUUCCGAGCAGUACGCGCUGUGUGUCUGGUUACAUCCGCUUAUGCUGCAAGCGUGCUGGAGAAUGCACUUGCUCGGUUAGGGUAUGACGCACGUGAGGCUGCAUUGAGUCGCUGCGAUGACAUUCUGGCCGAGUUCUCCGCAUGGCCAUUCGGCGCACGGGAGGGGGGCGCGGAAGCUCAACAGCGUAGAAGACCAAGCUCAGGCGACGGCUCCUCCAGUAUUGCUGAAUUAUUACGCCUGGCUCGUGCUGAGAUUGGUGCAGAUGGUGCGGAGGACGUGAGCCUCGAGGUCAUUUCCGCAGUCCUUGAGGUCUUUGGUCGCAUGGACAACAUUCUCUGA